UACAUACAUGUACAAGUCUAAAGGUGAAGGACGAAAAUAUGCAUCAAGUUCACCAUGAACAGAUAUAUUAUGAUGACAAACGGAGGCGGAAGAUACAAAGGGGACAUUCAAUACUCGAAUUUCCUCUUUUUACGGAAAGUAAACGGAACAAAUACGAAAGGUCUCAUAGAAUCAUGCAUUUUGACGAUUUACUUAAAAUCCUUGGAGAAUUUGGACGAUACCAACAGAUUCGUCUGUUUUUGAUAUGUCUAGUAGCUAUAGUAUGUGCCUUCCAUGCUAUGAACAUGGUAUUUGUUGGCGCCAAACCAGACUACAAGUGUCAUGUUCCAAGUGUGAACGUUUCCGAUCCGAUUUUUGGCAAUACAACAGAAAAGGACUUCCAAGACUUUCUACAGAGCGCGGGAAAAUGUGAAAUAUAUGACGCGAGAGAGACGUCAAAACUCAUAUUAUCUGGAAAUUAUACGUUAGAUGGGAUCAAAGUAAAUAAUGGCACAGUACCAAAGAGUAAAUGUACAGAAUGGGAUUAUUCAAGAGAGGUUUACGGACCGACCAUUGUUACACAGUUUGACUUGGUGUGUGACAAAGACUGGUUGCGUAGUACAUCUAAAACUUUGUACUUCUUUGGCCGUUUGGUUGGAGCUGUAGUUUUUGGGCAGUUGUCAGACAUAUUAGGAAGGAAACCUACCUUAUUUACUUGCCUGUUGAUGUUAUUAAUAGUUGGUAGUAUAGCCUCAGCAGCGCCCAAUUUCUACGUCUUCAUCCCGUUCUACAUUUUACAAGGUGCCGCACAAACUGGAUUGUUUCUAGUGACGUUCACACUAGGUACUGAGCUGGUUGGUCCAUCCUACCGUCUAGUUGCUGGGUUCUUAGUCCAGUCCUUUUACAGUAUUGGUUAUAUGACCUUGUCCGUCCUUGCAUAUGGAAUCAGAGACUGGAGAUACAUUGAACUGGCCAUAACACUUCCGGUUGUGUUAUUUGUCCCUUAUAUUUGGUUGUUACCAGAGUCGGUAAGGUGGUUGUUAUCAAAACACAAAGAGGAGGAAGUAAAAAAUAUAGUCAGAAAAGUAGCCGACACUAACAAGGUUGAUAUCAAUGAGGAAAUGCUUGAAGACUUAACAAAGACAGAUGACAAAUCUGAAACAGAAACUACAGGUCGAAGAUAUACACUUAUUGACUUGUGUCGACCUGGGAUGAUAUUUUUAUCUCUAAAUGUUUGGUUUAAUUGGCUUGUAAAUGCCAUGUUGUACUAUGGAUUGUCACUAGGGACAGAUAACUUAGGAGGUGAUCCUUACAUUAACUUUUGUAUAGCUGGUGCUGUAGAGAUACCUGCCUAUAUUAUGUGUAUAUUAAUGUUAAAUCCUUUAGGAAGGAGGAGACCAUUAUUUGCCACCAUGGUCGUAGGAGGUGGUGCAUGCAUAGCAUCGGGCUUCAUAGAAAUGAUUCCAUUGAAAAUAACCCUAGCUAUGAUAGGAAAGUUUUGUAUAACAGCAUCAUAUGCCAUAAUAUAUCUGAUGGCAGCUGAAGUAUUUCCAACAGUAGUCAGAAACAUUGGUAUGGGAGUAUCUUCCAUGUGUGCCAGAAUAGGUGGAAUGUUAGCUCCACAAAUUCUAGAACUUAACAGAUUUUGGGGACCACUACCUUUAAUUCUAUUUGGUGGACUAGCUAUAUUCUCUGGUGCUUUGGCCUUGUUGCUGCCAGAAACUUCAGGGAAGCCUCUACCCCAGACAAUGGAAGAUGUAACAGAUCCCGAAAAGAGAAAAGCUACAGAAAAAGGGAUAGACAUGACAGUGUGUUCUCCAGAUAGUGAAAAGAAUGGGAAGUAACUAUGUAAAUAGGAUAACUUAAAAGUGCAUAAAUUAUCUGCAGAGUGGAAUAAGAAAGACUUCAAUGCAAGCAUGUUUUACUGACAGGAAGAGGAUUUUUUUAGAAAUGGACUAAAGAGAAAAGAACCAAUACAACAAGAGAAAUUAAGAUGUGUAGUAAAUCAUUACUAAAGCUAUCAUGAAUGUUUUACCUCUUAUGAUAUAAUGAAAUACAAGAUAAAAAUAUUUAAAAAAUCAAAAUGAAUAUCGGACGAACAAACUAUGUUAUGUUAUAAUUGACAUUUCAUUUUCAAAUUCAAACGUACUUAAUCUUUAAAUUAUCAGUAUUACACUUUUAAGCUUGUAUAUGUACAUGACCUAAUGUAUUAUGAAAAUUUAUAUUCAGUCAGCUAUGACGAUUGAAUAAAAAAUAUAUUAUGAUA